UGCAGCUCAGUUAUCCUCCUCUGUCCACCUCACCCUCCUCUGUGAACCCCACAGUCCAUCCUUUCUUUCUCUGCAAGCAACUAGAAGCACAUGCAGCAACUUUUGCAUUUCCAAAUGUGUUUUAUUGCUUUAUUCAUGCUUUUUCUGUCCUUGUUUCUCAUCAUGAGCACUCGCAGGGAGCGGACUAAGCAGCGGGCUGCACACCACCAAUGUCAAGCUGGCCUCCACAAUUGAACAAACCAAGGAUGUGUUGACAUCUCCUGUGGUUCCUUUAGUUUCCUCCUCUCUGAAAUGGAGCUCUAUGUGCAGGGCUCCACUUUAAACACAUCAAAUCAGACCCACAACACAAGCUUUCCAUUGAACGCCACCUCGAAUUACACCAUCGACCAACUGGCUGAUGUAAACCUCUUUGAAAUCCUGGGUCCAAAACGAUCCCCCUUCUGCCUCCCCGUGACCACGGUUUACCUCCUCAUCUUCCUCGUUGGCUUGUCUGGAAAUCUGCUGACAUGUGCGGUGAUCAUGAAGCACAAAAAGAUGCGAACACCUACCAACCUCUACCUGUUGAGCCUCGCCAUGUCAGACCUUCUGGUGCUUUUGUUCGGGAUGCCCUUGGAGAUUUACGACCUCUGGCAGAACUACCCGUUCCCGUUUGGCGAGGGCGGCUGCUACUUCAAGACUUUCCUCUUUGAGACGGUGUGCUUCGCCUCGAUCCUGAACGUCACCGCUUUGAGCGUGGAGAGGUACAUCGCUGUGGUGCAUCCGCUCAAAACUCGCUACCUGUCCACCAACCAGCAUGCCAAGCGGGUCAUCUCCAUCUUGUGGCUGGUGUCGAUGGUCUGCGCCGUCCCAAACACCUCACUGCAUGGUGUGUUCUACGUGCCAGAGAAGAUGGAGGAGUCGGCCAUUUGCACCGUCUUGAAGCCCCUGUGGAUCUAUAACAUCGUCAUGCAGAUCACCACCGUGUGCUUCUUUUUUGCGCCCAUGAUGGUGAUCAGCGUCCUGUACCUGGUGAUGGGUAUACAUUUGGGCCGAGAAAGUCGUCAACCAAGCGGGAACCUUGGAAAAAACUGUGGCAGCUUCACCCGAACGAAGAGCAGCGUGAUCGGACGAAGACGACAGGUCAACAAAAUGCUCUCGAUUGUGGUGGCCGUGUUUGGGAUCUGCUGGGCGCCCUUCCACAUCGAGCGGCUCCUGUGGAGCUCAAUCAGCCAGUGGACUGACUUGAUGCACAACAUUUAUCAGUAUGUCCACAUCCUGUCCGGGGUCUUCUUCUACCUCAGCUCAGCAGUCAACCCCAUCAUCUACAGCCUGCUCUCCACACGCUUCAGAGAGUGUUUUAGAGAACUCGUGUGCUCCCCCACUGAGGACACUAGCUCUGUCAGAGACUCACCGCCGUUCCCCAAGAUAUUACUGGAUCCCUCUGUCUCAUCAGGCUCCAGAUGUCAGUCGGAGGUUAAGCACUCUAAUGCUGUCAUCCCUCUGCUGUCUCCUAGCAUGACACUGAGCAUGGACUCUGCAAUCCUCACAUGUGCAUGUAAAAAGACGACCUGCAGAACCUCUAUGUUCUGAGAUUUGAUUAAGCUAACAGGCAUCGAAUGCAGAAAAGUGUUUAAGGGAAUAGUUAUGACAUUUGGGGAAAUAUGAUCUUUUUCUUUCUUUCAUCCAGCAUGAUGAGAGGACAGAUAACUACAUGAAACUAAUGCAAGCAGAUUGUCCGCCUAACUCAGCAAAACGUCCGGAAACAGUGAAAAGACGUAGAAUCUGUAAAAAAAAAAAAAACGUUGUUAAUAACAGAUCAGAAGACAUCUUACAAAAUGGUGCAAAGUGAUGCAACAUGCAGAACACCUGUCAUUGCUUAUUGGCCUGCCCACUCAGAUCUCAUUUCCAGGCUUCGUGCUUAAGUUGUGUAAAUAGCAAAUCUACAUGUGGACUUCUGUCCCUAUGGGCAUGUUGGUAAUUAAAUGAGGAUGGAGUAACAUUGGAGCAUUGCUAUCUUGAGGCGGCUGAAAGUAAUUGCACCUUGAAACAGAAGAAACCGGAUCUAGAGUCAGUGGUGCGGUGAGGAACUUUUGAUUUACAUUGAUUUCAUCCUCAUCCUGCUGUUUAUAUUUAACCUAUCAAUGCACAGAGACCACCAAGAAGAUUUUAAUUUUUAAAUACUUAUUUUAUACAGCCCUGAUUUGGGUUAGGUGUUGCCAUCAUUGUGAGUUGCAAGUUAGACAUUUAGAGCAAAGAAGAAUCUUUUUUUUUUUCAGAAACCACACAUAUAGGGAGGCACAAGAUCAGCAAAGAUAACAUUUUGUCCUCACACUCAGGGGCCGCCAAAAUCGACAAAUCCUUAAAGUUCUUCACAGAAAAACUAAGGCAUUAAAUAAAACUACUUAGCACCUUAAAUUUACUGAAGAAUUACCAUCCAAAGUGUGAAAAUGCUCUUGAAAAAAGCACACCAGUGUUUCUCAACAUGUGGGUCGGGAUCCAAAGGU